UGGCGCGCGCUGUUCAAAACACAGAAAAGAAACGCGCGCGAGUUGCAAGGACAGGAGAUCCGCGAGCGACGCAACCAUCUUACAGACAUUUAUCGAUUUAUGUAGCUCGACAGAAACCUGCUCGGUGAACUUUGUGAAGAUGAUGCCAGCCACAACCAGAAAGAGAAAGCUCUCCUCCCUGGACUCUGACAGUCACCCAGCCAAGAAGGGGGUGAGGCAGGAGAUGUCACCUGUGAAGAGGAGAUCGCCAAGAAAGCCCCGGCAGUCUCCUACCAGGAAGAAGCCAGCUGGCCGACCUGACACCUCACCACAGAACUCUCCACGUAGACCAGCAGGCUCUCCAGCGAGAUCACCCCGUAAAUCUUCAUUCAAAACUUCUUUGGUCACCAGCUCCUUCUAUGGCAAGCAGAAGCCAGUCUAUCUCACUCCACUCGAGAGGAAGGCACUAAAGGAGUCCCUGCCCUGUCCACCUGCUCCUGCUGCUCUACCCUCUCCUCCUGCUAUGACCAAAAAGCCAGAAAAGAAGACCAAGAAGAGCAUCAAGGCAGGCAGCAAGUCGAGGAAGGUGGCUACAGAAUCUAGUAAAGGGGGGGCGAUCAAGCUGUCUAAAUCCAGCAGCAGCAGUGUUGCUGCUAAACCGACCCCCGCUCCCACCGCUGCACCUGCCAGCAGCAAACCAGCAGAGUCCAAGAAAGCAAUCACCAUAACAUUCAGCAGCCUGAAGCCCAAGCCGAAGAUCUUUGUUGGAGCCGCUUUCUUCGGUACAGGGAAGAAACCCACAUCCAUGUACAAGAAAACUGCUCCAAAGUCUUCAGCCAGGCUGGCUGCAGCUGUCCUGCCACAGACAAAGAGCAAGGAAUCAAAGCAGCAGUGGCAGGGGGCUCCGAUUGUGGACCAACAGCAGAAAGAACCUGAAAAGACUGCCGUCAAGCCGAUGAGCAUGGAUGAGAACCAACCAAGCACAAAGCAGAGAGUGAAGUUUGAUCCAACAGACUGGAUGGACUCUGUUAAUGAAGAGCCUGUUACUCCCCAGCCAUCAAGCUCUCCUAAAAUUUUGAUGGACAAACACGGGAUUAGUCACGAGCUCAAGAUUUCGUUGUUGAGGUCUCCAACACAGAGCUCCACAACAGCAGCGUCCUCCUUCAGCACUCAGGAUGCUUCUACAGCAGAAAGUGGCUCCAAGCCCGUCUUUGACCUGAGUAAUAUAAGCCCCACCACCACCGACUCCACCCCUCCCAAAGAGUCUGCAGCAGUGUAUCCCAUAUUUGGUUCAACCUCAAAAAGGUCAAAGAAUGCAGCUCUGCGGCCUCCUGUGUCCUGCAGCACCCCCUCUGGUGUGACGGCGGCACUACAGACUCCUGCUCCAGCUGCUAAAGAGCGAAACGUUCGCAGGAGGAAAGAGAAGCAGGAUGAUGACCAGCUAAUCAUUGAUGCUGGUCAGAAACAGUUUGGAGCAACGACCUGCAGCUCCUGUGGGAUGGUGUACAGCGCAGACAAUCCAGAGGACAAUUUCCAGCAUACCCAGUUCCACCAGCGCUUCCUCGACUCAAUCAAAUUUGUGGGCUGGAAGAAGGAGCGGGUGGUGGCUGAGUUCUGGGAUGGGAAAAUCCUCCUGGUCAUGCCAGAUGAUCCCAAGUACGCCAUCAAAAAGGCUGAGGAUGUGCGGCGUGUAGCGGAUAGUGAGCUGGGGUUCCAGCAGGUGGCUCUGAGCAGGCCGACUCAGGCUAAAACCUUCCUGUUCAUCAACACAGAGCGACUGGUGGUGGGAUGCCUCGUCGCCGAGCCCAUACGUCAGGCUUACAGAGUCCUCGAACAGCCGGAUCAACACAAGGACAUGAGAAAAGACGACUUCAUGGAGAGACACAGAGCCUGGUGCUGCUCCACUGUCCCAGAGCAAGCUCUGUGUGGGAUCAGCCGGAUCUGGGUCUUCAGCCUGGCCAGACGGCAGGGCAUUGCCACCCGCAUGCUGGACACCAUGAGGAGUACGUUCAUGUACGGCAGUCACCUAACCAAGGAGGAAAUUGCCUUCUCUGAUCCGACGCCUGAUGGCAAACUGUUUGCCACCAAGUACUGCAACACACCAGCCUUCCUCGUUUACAACUUUGUUGCUUGAGGAAUUCAGUUUGGAAGGAAUUCAAAAUCUGUUCCUGACUGAACUGGCAGUUCGUAAAAUUCUCUUCAUAUGCAAAGCAAUAAGUAUUCAGGUUUUUCCAUGCUGAUUAGGUCAGCCUAUAGUUUUGGUUGUACACAGUAAUCAGCCACAGUAUUAAAACCAACAAGGAUGUUGGCAGUGAUCCUUGAGGUCCUGCGGGUCACAGGGUGGAACCUCUGCUGAUCAGGCCUGUUCUGUCACAUGAAUGUUCAGACUGCAGUCUGAGAAGUUUGGAGGCCACAGCAGAACCCUGAGCUCCCUGUUGUGUUCCUGAGCAGUUUUUGUGACCGGUACAUUGUCCUGUUGGGAAGAUGCUAUUCAUGUCAAUUUGUCAGUGGUUUUUAAUGCUGUGGCUCGAGUUUAAUUAUAUGUUCUCUAUUGGAUAGCUGUAUAGUUUCUAAAGGCUUGAAUCAUUAUUUAUAUUCAGGACUGCCUCUUUCACUGUUGAAUGUUUUGUUAUAAUGGCAGUGCUUUUGGAUGUUUGUAUUUUUUUUCUUAAUAAGCUUGAAUCCUGACUGAAGACAUUUCUGUUUGCUUUGUUUGGAGUCAUUUGUUAUGUUCAAAUGAAUGAAAACUAGAAGCCUGUUUGAUACAUGUUCACCUGAACUGAAUGUUUUUGUACUCUGAGCUCAAAGUUUUCUGAAGAUGUUUAUAGAAACCAACCUGUUGAAAGGUGGAUGCUAUCAUUGAGGCAUUUUGGCUUUGUAAAUAUAUUCAAUAAACAUUGACUUUGUUUUUUGA